CGACUGUAUUAUAAUUAUAAGUAAAUUUUUAAUAUUUAUUCGAAUUGCAGAAAUGGCACAAGCUAUAAUAUCAAAUCAGGAGAAAAAUACAGUUGUUCUUCCAGUUAAUUACAAACACGUUGAAAUAGAAACGGAUGAGAUGAAGCAAAAUAUAUAUCUGUUUAAGAAACUUCUAAACGUGGAAAAUUGUAAUCAAUAUCCGACGAUGCUCAAGAAUUGUACACAAGUUCACGUUGGACCAAGAAUAGAAAUUCAUUCCGAAGAAUCGAAAGCAAGUUGCUUAAAGAAAGAAGAUGAAGAAAGUAAUGAAAUGUUCAACAAUUCCUGCCAGAAAUUGAAGAACAAAUAUAUAACUUAUUUUUCCUAUAUGAGAUCUUUCUUGUGGGAAGGAAAGAGGAACGAUUUUCCACUAAAAGAUUAUUUUGUAGAAUUAAUAGUAGAGAAGGCCGAUUUAUUUGGAAAGAAAAGUGGAGAAAGAAUACGUCUGAAUGAGAUAUUUUCCAUAGAAAAAGAUGGGCAUCAAACAAUUUUAGUGACAGGAGAUCCAGGUUAUGGCAAAUCUACUCUGUGCAAGAAAAUUGCCUACGAUUGGGCAUCCACCAAUUAUCUCCAGCGCUUUGAUUUAACGCUUAUUGUACUUCUAAGAGAAUUAGGUGAUAAAAGUGUGACAGAUGCAUUACUCGACAACAUCCACGGACACUCAUUAAUGGAUAAAGAUUGGAUAUUACAAAAUAGACAAUUAAACAUUUUAGUGAUUUUGGAUGGGUUCGAUGAGGUUGUAGAAAAAAAUAAAAUUAUGAAAUUUAUACGGGAAGAAUCUUUUGAUAUUUCUCACCGAAUGACUAUUGUGGUAACGAGUCGACCUCAAGAAGCAGAAGAAAUGAGAGAGGACAUGAAGAUGAGGUUUUCGAUAGAAGGAUUUUCACCAGGAUAUCAAGAGAAAUAUAUUGAAUUAAUGUUUAGAAAAGACGAGACUAAAGCCAAUGAACUCAUUUCUAAACUGAAUGAAAACGACUUUUACAGAGAGAUAGCAGAAUGUCCUCUGAUGCUGCAUAUGUUGUGUUGUCUUCAUCAAAAUGAAGAAAUGAAAGAGAUUGAAACCAUAACUGAUUUGUAUAUCCGAAUAUUCUCUCUUAUCGUUGAACGUUACGUUAGAAAAAAUAAUCAAAACGGUAAGUUCGAACGUGGAAAAUAUUUUAUAGGAGAUACUUUAUUAAUUAAAUUAGGUAACUUAAUCAGAUCAAAAUUCAGGAUUUCAUCCAGUGAUUUGAAGAAGUAUUUUGCAAAUAAAGAUGAACACAACUUCAUCGUCGGAUUGGACAUUCUUACCCUCGAUUCCUUUUCUGAAUGCGAUAAUAUAAUUCGAUACAGUUUUGUACAUCGGACAUUUGGUGACUUUCUUUCAGCUUUAUCGAUAUAUAUCGGUGAUGUCUCAUUUCCAUAUUUUAUUUACGAAUUGGAAUUAUUGUUUUUAUUGGGAUUUUAUAAGAAUGAGUCUUUUCCCAAAAAGUUCUUAAAAUCCGUAGAGAAAAAGUUUUUCACAGCUGAAUUUAUGCUCCACGCUCACCAACAAAUCAAGCUGGAAACGAACUGGAAACAGUUUUGUUCUCAUUCAAACAUUAAAUGUUAUUUUUGGAAUAUCUGUUAUUUUCAAAAGUUAAUGCAACUAUAUCGAUUCAAAGAAUUUUAUUUACAUCUCGGCGAUUCCGAAAAUGAAUACAAGAAAGUCAAAGAAGCAUUAUUCGAUUCUUUAUGCGAUUGCAAUUCUCUAAAUACACUCAGUAUUUACCUUGUACUUUCACUUAAAAAUAGAAAUUUGAAGUAUAUACGCGAUAUUCGAGAACCCGUUUCGUGCAUUAUCAAUUUCCUUCAUGCAAUGAAGACGAGUGGUUUUGAUAUUUCUUUCAUUGGCUUAGAAUUGUCUCAUCGUCAUCCGCUGGAAAAGUUUACCAAUGUUAAUUAUAAUUUGAAUUUACCCGACAAUAUUCUAAACGAGCUAAAUGUAAGUGAAAAUGAAAAAUUAGUUGGAUUGCAAACUGUAGAUAUGGAAGAUUCCAAGAGUUAUCUUUUGUCGUUGGAGCAGUAUGAAGAUUUACGUGGUUAUAUCAAAUUUCAUUCCACUGGUAAACAAAAUUCAAAAUGUGUGAUUAUGUAGAUUAUUAAAUGAUUAAAGUAUUAUUCGAUAGACUAACAAUUAUUACUGAAUAUUUUACUGUUAACUGCUGCCAUCCGUUGAUAAAAUUCACAAGAAAUAUAAAUUAAUAAUUGUAGAUUAGCGGUAAGCGUGCAGAGAGGAAGAAAUCUUUGGUUUAAUGCGUAUUUUUGAUGUGAUUGCCAAAUUACUGUAUUUCAAUUGAAACAAAUAAAAAGGAGUUGAAUUUU